AUGUCUUUCCAUCGUGCCUUCGCCCGAGUCGUCUGCAACUACAACAAGAGUAUAGAAGGCUCCGUCCCCUGGUAUCAAGUGAAGCGUGAGAAGUCGCCAUUCCAACAGGUGUGGGAUGAAGUCUUCACACCAAUUUGGUUCAAGCUUGUCAAGGGACCAUAUGAACGUUGGGAGUACAACGCACUGGUCGCCCGUUACAGAGGCAUGGGCAUCAUGGCUGAUGACGCGAUGAAUGACAAGGAUAUGAUCGUUGAACGAGCGCUUGAUAUCAUUCCUGAGGACAUCCGUAUACAGAGAUAUAGGCGUAUGAUGAGAGGCGCGGUCUUGGCCGGUCGUAAGCUCCAUCUCCCACUAGAACUCCAAAACUACGAUCCUAUGGUGCCCUACAUGGCCCCUUAUAUCGAGGAAGCCAAGUUCCAAAUGCAGGAAGAACAGGAGCUGCUGGCUUACCAUCCUUGGGAUCGGCGACUAUACACCGCAGGCGUCUCUGGUUUUGGCGAGACUUCGAUGCAUUCGACCUUCUUGACUAUGUAG